AUGGCGCGGCGGUACGAGAUCGACGAGCUGUUAUGGCUGCGCUCAUCGCCUCUCGUCGCAAAGCCCCCCGGUCUACCCCCCAUCGAAGAAUGGAUGCCCCUACCCGAACCAACAACGCAGCGCAAAGCACAAAAUUCUCGUGAUCCUAACAGUCCGGAAACUACUUCGAACAGAAGACCGAGCCUCUUCGAGGCCCGCCACACCUCCCGAGGCUCCAACUCUGAGGAUAUUGUCCUUGGACCGCCCAAGACGGCCUUUGCCUCAUCUCGCAUUGGCGGGAAAGGCUCGUUCGACCUCACAGAUCGCACACCGCGCCCAGCCGACUCCGACGAAACAAGAAACGACCGAUUCAACUUCAAAGAGCGGUUCCCCAAGGACCGCGAACCGCAAGACCGUGACUUCGACCGUCGGGACGGCAGACAAGGGCCCUUGAAUGGCAGACGUGGUGAAAGGGAAGACUGGAACGCAGGACGUCCUCCUCGUCGCACCUUCGGCGUCGAUGAGCCAGACCGCAAACCUCGUCGCAAUGGGGAAUUUGAUCGCUGGGAGGGCAGAGAAAACCCCCGCGAUCCCAAUCCCAACACUGAACGAGGAACCCGUGAUAAGGAGGGACGCUUCGUCCCGCGGAGAGAGGGCCAGCCGGGACGCGCUCGACAUGAAGGGAGCUGGUUCCGCGAUGAAACUGCCAAUCCCAAUGAUGCCCUCGAAGCCGACGACGAGAAGUCGCAUCUGCGAAGCCGUGAAUGGCGCCGUGACCGCCACGGUGCUGACCGCGAGUGGAACCGCGGUGCCAGAUUCGAACAGGAUCCGGAGUGGAUGGAUUCCGCAGACCGUGACGAGCCUCGCCGAGCUCAUACCCAGGAAGAUUUUGAGCGGUGGAAGGAGCGCAUGAAGGCUGGCUCUUCCCAGCCGGCUCAGACUCAAGCGGAAGAACGAAGCGAGCCAUCUGGAGAGCAGCCGGAGGCUCGACGCACCGAUGGCGAGAUCUUCAGCAAUUCUGGCGCUCCUUUCAUGUCGGAUUCGUCUAUGGAACGAUUCUUCGGCCUGCUGGGAGAUGCGAAGCCGACGCCGCCAGCGCCCCCGCCGCAAGAAGUGAACACUCCGAAUUCUGUCGAAUCGGCUAUCAAGAAGGAAGCUUUAGCGGGCAAGGCCGGCAAGUCGUCUCGAUUUGCGGGGCUGUUCAGCCCGCCGCCUGAGAUGCCUACUAAAGAACACGAUCCUCAUGCUGGCAUUCAAUCUCCAGCUGGAGGAAUGGGAGGAAUGAGUGGAAUGGCUGGAUUGGGUGGUUUGGCCGGGUUGGCCGGAAUGAUGCCUCCCGGUUCCCAUGAUGCCGAUCAGGAAGGCUUUCAGCGCAUCCUUCAGAUGCUCGGUGGCGGUCGAUCUAAUAACGGCACUCCUCAGCAGAAUGAGCACUCACAGCACUCGCGUCCCUCAUCCCUGGUUCACGCGGAUCAGCCCCGUGCCCCAACAACGCUGUCAUCUCCGCCUCGUGAAUCCCAUCCCCGGUCAGAGUACAUGGGCCCCAGCCCGGAACAGCUCAUGGCUCAAGGCGGGGGAAAGGAUCCUCAGGCUCGAGAGAGAGAGCAUCUGCUCCGAUUGAUGCAGCAAGUUCGAGUUGGCCCCGCGCCUUCCGGUCAUCCACAGUCUCCGAAUACCCAUACUGCUCCUCCGGGCUUGGUGCCAGAUGGCUUGCCUCGUCCGCCCGGCCUGCAUGUUCAGAAGACGCCAGUCUUCUUGGACGACCCGGCGAUUGCCAACAUGCAGCGCCCGGACAGUGAGCAGCUUCGUCGACGACCUGCUAAUGGCCCACCUCCAGGCUACUUUGACGAAGUGCCUUUCCCUCCUGGAAACCAGGGACCUAUCACGCCUGGCGGCUCCCGUCCUCCCAACGCACCUCCGAUGGGACUUCAGCGACCCCCUGGCCUUGAGGGGAUGCCUCCCCCAGGCUGGGCUGGUCAGCUGCCCCCGCAGCAAGGUAACGGUCCGAGCCCGAUGGGCCCUCCGCCUGGCAUCCCAGCUCCAAACCGCGGCAUGGCCCCCAACUUCCCACCUGGCAUGAUGCCAAUGCCCGGCAACGCACCCCCGAUGAACGACCGCCAAGCCUUUCCCCGUGGGCCUCCCCCUGGCAUGAUGCCACCUCCGGGGUUCAUGAACGGGCCUCUGCCUUCAGGCUUCCCUCCCAUGCCUCCUAACCCAGAGAUGAUGGGAAUGGGUCCUGGCAACCAAGGACCCUUUGGACCGGGUAGCUCGGGUCCUCAGGGACCUCCUUCGUCCCGACAUCUGCUGGAGAUGUUUGGCCAGUCCAAUGGAGGUGAUGCCCGCGGCGGCAUGGUGGGACCCGGCCAGUACAGGUAG